AUGGUGUGGUCUGUAAAAGUGGUCGAGACAAGAUCUACGCUUCAAGAUCAGUCGAUUCAACCCGAGAUUACCUGGUGGUUGUGGGUGGAAGAUGGUGGCGAUGACACAGAUCUACCGUUUGGUGGCCAGAUCUACCGUUUGAAGUUGAAGGUACUGGCUGUGGCACAGAUCCAGAGUUUUCUGUACCAGUUGUUGAAAGGUGUGGCUCAUUGUCAUGGCCAUGGUGUGCUUCACCGAGAUCUAAAGCCGCAGAACUUGUUGGUUGAUAAGGAAAAGGGGAUUUUGAAGAUUGCGGAUCUUGGGUUGGGUCGGGCGUUUACAGUUCCGCUUAAAAGCUAUACUCAUGAGAUUGUUACGCUUUGGUAUAGGGCUCCGGAGGUUCUAUUGGGACCGGCUCAUUACUCGACUGGAGUUGAUAUGCGGUCUGUCGGUUGUAUUUUCGAUUUGUGGAAAUUGUAUGAGUUUGGAGGGACAUUUAUUGCUGUUUGA